UUCCCACCGCCAGUCGAAUGAGGUGGAUUUAGGAAAAAUCCCAAACCUGGGACGUGGAGAUAAACCACAGCAGCAAACAGAUACGCAUGGGAAUCAUCACACGGCUCGCAUUUGGGAUCAUAUACUUUUGUUCUAUUGAGGCGAUCUACUUACUGAAAGCGACUGAUAUGAAAACGGAAAACAGACUUGCAAGAAAGAGAAUGAUUGUAGCGGUGGUUUUCCCCGUAUAAAAGUGACUCGACGCUUUUACCCAAUUGAAAUGUAUGAUUAUUCUCCACUUCGUUAUUUCAUGGAUGCAACAUAAGCUUUUUUUUUUUGCAGGGGAAAAGGAAUUUUCAAGUGUCCCUCGUCUGCCCCCCAUAAACUUCUCGGAGGGGGGCGGUUUAAAAAAAGACUCUUCUCACGCCACUAAAAGUGCCAAGACGUCCUGUGUGAAGACCCCAGCCUCCUUCUUGUGGGGCCUCGGCUCUCCAGCCAGGUCAAAAGUCGCCCCCGGAACAAGAUGGCCGCCGGCGGUCCACCCUGCCUUUCUCUGCCGGCCCUGCUGCCCCUCUGCGCUCUGUUGCUCUGUUUGCUGUUCACUGGCUCCCAUGCCCUAUCACCACCAAGGUUCACUAAAGUUCCCGUCGACCAGAUCGGUGUAUCCGGGGGCGUGGUCUCGUUCGUGUGCCAGGCGACGGGAGACCCCAAGCCUCGGGUGAGCUGGAACAAGAAGGGGAAGAAGGUCAACUCCCAACGCAUUGAGACUAUAGAGUUCGAUGAGGGCGCCGGAGCCGUGCUUCGGAUCCAGCCUCUACGAGCGCCGCGGGAUGAGAAUAUCUACGAGUGCGUGGCGGAGAACAGCGAGGGCGAGGUCAACGUCAAUGCCAAGCUGUCCAUCAUCAGAGAGGACUUGCUCCCGACAGGAUUCCCCAACAUAGACAUGGGUCCCCAGCUCAAAGUGGUGGAGCGCACACGGACGGCCACCAUGCUUUGCGCUGCCAGCGGCAACCCCGAUCCAGAAAUCACCUGGUUCAAGGACUUCCUGCCCAUAGACCCCAACGCAAGUAACGGGCGAAUCAAACAGCUGCGCUCAGAAGCCUUUGAGGGUACCCCCAUCCGAGGUGCCCUGCAGAUUGAGAACAGCGAGGAGACGGACCAGGGGAAGUACGAGUGCGUGGCGUCUAACGUGGAAGGCGUGCGCUACUCAUCCCCUGCUAACCUAUAUGUGCGAGUCCGGCGCGUGCCCCCUCGCUUCUCCAUCCCGCCGACCAGUCACGAGAUCAUGCCAGGUGGCAGUGUGAACAUCACCUGCGUGGCGGUAGGGUCGCCCAUGCCCUACGUCAAAUGGAUGCUCAACUCGGAGGACCUGACGCCGGAGGACGAGAUGCCGGUAGGCCGGAACGUUCUGGAGCUCAACAGCGUGCGAGAGUCGGCCAACUACACAUGUGUGGCCAUGAGCAGUCUGGGCAUCAUCGAGGCUGUCGCGCAGAUCACAGUCAAGUCCCUGCCCAAGCCCCCAGGCAUACCCAUGGUGACCGAGACCACGGCCACCAGCGUCACCAUCACCUGGGACUCGGGCAACCCGGACCCUGUGUCCUAUUACAUCAUCCAGUACCGCGCCAAGUCUCCUGACAGCAAGUUUGAGACCAUGGACGGCAUCACUACCACGCGAUACAGCAUCGGAGGCCUUUACCCCAACACAGAGUAUGAGAUCCGCGUUUCGGCCUUCAACACGAUCGGCCAGGGCCCCCCCAGUGAGCCGGUGGAGACCCGUACCGGGGAACAAGCCCCGGCCAGUCCGCCCCGCAACAUCCAGGCCCGGAUCAUCUCCCAGAACACCAUGAUGGUCCGCUGGGACGAGCCUGAGGAGCCCAACGGGCAGAUCAAAGGGUACCGGGUGUACUACACCAUGGACCCAUCCCAGCUCAUGAGCCUAUGGCAGAUCCAUAAUGUCCAGGAUAGCAUCAUCACCACCAUCCAGAGCCUGGUGGCGUCUGAGACCUACACCAUCCGUGUCCUGGCCUUUACAUCGGUGGGCGAUGGGCCCUUCUCUGACCCCAUCCACGUCAAAGUGCUGCAAGGAGUCCCCGGACAGCCAACAAAGUUCCAGGUUGGCGCUGUGUCCGACACAAGCAUCGAGUUGACCUGGGAACCUGCCUUUGAGAAGGAGGGAAUCAUCAACUUUGAGCUUCGGUACAAAGAGGGCAGUUUUGGCAGCCAGGUGACCAAAACCUUUGGCCCCACUGCCUCAUACGUCGUUGAGGGUCUGCGAGCAAACACAGAGUACUACUUCUCUCUGGCUGCCAUUUCCAACAAAGGCAUUGGAGCCUUCACCAACGAAAUAUCCCAGAAAACCUCGCAAGCCAAGCCCUCAGCCCCCCCUCAAGAUAUUAAGUGCAGCAGCUCCAGCUCCACCACCCUACUGGUAAGUUGGCGCCCCCCGCCUGUGGAGAGCCAGAAUGGCGCCCUGGCGGGGUACCUAGUGCGCUACCAGGUGGUGGGAGCCUCCGUAGAGGGUGGAGGCGGCGGUGCUGGAGAACCCAUGGAGGAGCCGGCCGUGCCGCCCAGGGACGGGCAGGUGCUGCUGCAGAAGCUGGAGAAGUGGACCCAGUACCGUGUCACCUUGGCCGCCUUCACCGAAAUCGGGCCGGGCCCAGAGAGCGAACCCCUGCUCUGCCGCACCGACGAGGAUGUUCCAGGGGCUCCUCCUCGGCGGGUCGAGGUGGAGGUGCUCAACUCCACGGCGCUCAAGGUCAUGUGGCGCUCCCUGUUGCCGGGGCGACAGCACGGCCAGAUCCGUGGUUACCAGGUGCACUAUGUGCGCGUGGAGAACGGAGAAUCGCGUGGCCUGCCUCUCAUCAAGGAUGUCAUGCUAGCCGACGCCCAGGAAAUGGUCAUCGGCGGGCUCCAGCCGGACACCACCUACUCCAUCACAGUAGCUGCGUACACCACCAAGGGAGAUGGAGCACGCAGCAAACCCAAACUGGUGGUUACCAAAGGAGCAGUGCCUGGGCCGCCCUAUCUGUCGGUGGCUCACGAUUCAGAGACGUCGGCCGUGGUGCGCUGGGACGCACCCGAUGUUAUGAUCCCUGGCAUGGAGCUGCAGGGUUACAGGCUUCAGUUUGGCCGCAAGGACGUGUCCCCACUGGCCACUCUGGAGUUCACCCCCCAGGAGAGGCAGUACACAGUGGCCAGCGUCCACCGCGGUGCCACCUACCUCUUCAAAGUCCAGGCUAAGAGCCGAGGUGGCUUCGGGGAGGAGGCUACGGCCGAACUGCAUGUGCCUGAACAAACACCCCAAGGGUACCCCCAAAUCAGCGAGAGCUCCAACGUGACCUGCUGCUCGGUAGAAUUGGCGUGGUCGCCCCCGGUGCUGGCAGAGCGCAACGGGGACAUCACGGAGUACACGCUGGCGUACCAGGAGACUGGCGUGGGGGGCGCACCCCGGGAACUCAGCCUGCCCGCCAUCCAGUCCAGCUACGUGCUCAACAGCCUAAAACCCAACUCGGCGUACGACGUGAAAAUACGCGCGCACACGAGUGUAGGUCCAGGGCCCUACAGCCCGCCGAUCCAGUAUCGGACUGUGGCGUUUGAGACAGAUGUCCCGAAGAACUUCACAGUGAAGUGGGUUACCAAGACAACAGUGUUGCUAACGUGGAAGUUUGCUGAGAGGCGGUUCCCAUUCCGGUGCACGAUUGAGUACAAUCGCCAGAAGAUGGACGUGGACGCCCGGCUGACCAAGGCGCUGGUCACCAGCCUGCGGCCCAACACCACCUAUGAGUUCCGGGUCACGUGUCAGGAGAACACAGAGGGUGGACCUCGCCACCGUGUGGUCGCUAGGACUGCACCGCCCAUUCUGGUCAAGAAGCCCAGGCUGGAACUCUACUCGGAGCCGGACAACAUUCUGACCAUGGGUUUCACCCCGGUGGAAAGCAAGGACAUCAAGAAUUUCUAUGUGGUGGUGGUACCACUAAAGAAGGGCUCGGGAGCAGCCCGACAUCACAAGAACCCAGAAGAGAUGGACUUGGAAGAGCUGCUGAGGGACAUCACCCCGAAACGUCGCACCAGGCGCCAGCUGAGCCAGGCGGACGGCAAGAGGCCCUACAUCACAGCCUGCUUCAAGCAGCUCCCCGCCACGUUCACCCUGGGCACAGAGCACCGCCACAGCAGCUGUGAGAACAAACCUCUGGAGCCCGGGCAGGAGUACGUCUUCUUCCUGCUGGCCGAGCUCAACACCACGGCCGGGAAAAUGUUUGCGGCCAGCCCGUACACGGAUCCAGUGGUGACCCCAGAGAUGGAAGUGGAUCCUCUGCCCAUCGAGACGGGCGGAGAUGGCCUCAUCUGGGUGGUGGGGCCCGUGCUGGCCGUGGUCUUCAUCAUCUGCAUCGUCAUCGCCAUCCUCCUCUACAAGAACCGUAAACGAAAGGAGUCAGAGCCCAGAACAAAAUGUCUGCUGAACAACGCAGAGAUCACACCCCACCAUCCCACAGACCCCGUGGAAAUGAGGCGCAUCAACUUCCAAACCCCAGGUAUGAUGAAUCAUCCACCCAUCCCCAUCGCGGAGCUGGCUGAACACACGGAGCUUCUCAAAGCCAACGACAACCUGAAGCUCUCCCAGGAGUAUGAGUCCAUCGAUCCGGGCCAGCAGUUUACAUGGGAACACUCCAACCUGGAGGUGAACAAGCCCAAAAACCGCUAUGCCAAUGUCAUCGCCUACGACCACUCCCGCGUCAUCCUCGCACCCAUCGAAGGUAUCAUAGGCAGCGACUAUAUCAACGCCAACUACAUAGACGGUUACAGGAAGCAGAAUGCCUACAUCGCAACGCAGGGUCCUUUGCCCGAGACGUUCGGGGAUUUCUGGAGGAUGGUGUGGGAACAGAGGGCAGCCACUGUGGUCAUGAUGACCAGACUGGAAGAGAAAUCACGGAUCAAGUGUGACCAGUACUGGCCCAGUCGAGGAACAGAGACCUAUGGGAUGACCCAGGUGACUCUACUGGACACCAUAGAGCUGGCCACCUUCUGCGUCCGCACCUUCUCCCUGCACAAGAAUGGUUCCAGUGAGAAGCGGGAGGUCCGUCAGUUCCAGUUCACGGCGUGGCCUGACCACGGGGUCCCCGAGUACCCCACCCCCUUCCUGGCCUUCCUACGCAGAGUCAAGACCUGUAACCCCCCUGACGCAGGCCCCAUCAUCGCCCACUGCAGUGCGGGCGUCGGAAGGACGGGCUGCUUCAUCGUGAUCGACGCCAUGCUGGAGCGCAUCAAGCACGAGAAGACGGUGGACAUCUACGGCCACGUGACCCUGAUGCGAUCGCAGCGGAACUACAUGGUGCAGACGGAGGACCAGUACAGCUUCAUCCACGACGCGCUGCUGGAGGCGGUGGCGUGCGGCAACACGGAGGUGGCGGCCAGGAGCCUGUACUCGUACAUCCAGAAGCUGGCCCAGGUGGAGACGGGCGAGCACGUCACCGGCAUGGAGCUGGAGUUUAAGCGCCUGGCCAAUUCCAAGGCCCACACGUCCAGAUUCAUCAGUGCCAACCUGCCCUGCAACAAGUUCAAGAACCGUCUGGUGAACAUCAUGCCCUACGAGACCACCCGCGUCUGCCUGCAGCCCAUCAGGGGCCUUGAGGGCUCCGACUACAUCAACGCCAGCUUCAUCGACGGAUACAGGCAACAGAAGGCUUACAUCGCCACGCAGGGCCCGUUGGCAGAGACCACAGAAGACUUCUGGAGGAUGCUGUGGGAGAACAACUCUACCAUCGUAGUCAUGCUCACCAAACUCCGAGAGAUGGGCAGGGAGAAGUGCCAUCAGUACUGGCCCGCUGAGCGUUCGGCCAGGUACCAGUACUUUGUGGUGGACCCCAUGGCCGAGUACAACAUGCCCCAGUACAUCCUCCGGGAGUUCAAAGUCACCGAUGCCAGGGAUGGGCAGUCCAGGACAGUGCGGCAGUUCCAGUUCACUGAUUGGCCGGAGCAGGGGGUGCCCAAGUCAGGGGAGGGCUUCAUAGACUUCAUAGGCCAGGUGCACAAAACUAAGGAGCAGUUCGGCCAGGACGGACCCAUCUCUGUCCACUGCAGUGCGGGAGUCGGCCGGACCGGUGUUUUCAUCACGCUCAGCAUCGUGCUGGAGAGGAUGCGCUACGAGGGCGUGGUGGACAUCUUCCAAACGGUCAAGAUGCUGCGGACACAGAGGCCGGCCAUGGUGCAGACAGAGGAUGAAUAUCAGUUUUCCUACCAGGCGGGUCUGGAGUACCUAGGAAGCUUUGAUCACUAUGCAACGUAAAAAGCCAUCUCGUCCCCCGAACCGUUGUCCCCCUCAACAGUCUCCUGAGCCAUAGAAACUUGCUUGAAAUUUGAAAUGACAACAACAACAAACACAACAACAACAAACAGAAAACAAAAUUCAACCAACAGGAAAGCAAACUAAUUGUAGAUUUUUUUGUUGUAAAGAAAUCCAUUUAAAACACAAACAAUAGUGCAAUUCCAAUUGGACCUAAUGGACUUUGAUGCCGGUGAGGAAAGUGUAAACGAUUCCAACAGCAAAACCAGCUGACGCCCUCACUCGGGAGAAAGGAACCAAAAGUGGUGGCUCAAGCUGUGGGGUGGGAAUAAUCAAAAGUGUCAGACUGCUAACCUUACCUCAAGUGUUCAGAUGUGGCGGUUGACAUUGUAAACAUUUUGUGGACAUCUUUUUAAAAAAAAUACUACGUGCAAACAAUACAGAGAUAACAGCGAAUGAAGGAAAAGUGACCGGGUGAACGUGACUGAGGUAAAGAAAAAAGAAAAAAGAAUUGAGAAGCUGAGAAAAGGGUGGACUGGAUGUAGCUUGGAUGAGGGAAGCGGUCUCAUUUUUUAACAUGUUAGAGCAGAAGUUCAGAGUUCCUAAUUGUUGAUGAACACUUUUGAUGGCCUAACUGUGGUUGCCUGUGUACACAGAUGAUUGUCCCCCAAAAACGUCGCACACCGAUAACACACUGAGUUAACGCUAAGGUGCUGGCAAGAGAAGUCAACCCCCAAUUCGGUACCCCCUACCACUCUCAUCUCUUUCUAGCAAGAGAACUUCUACUGCCCAUAGUUCUGGUAUGACCUUUCAAACUCCAAACUCGCAGCUCUUCAAGUGUCCAUCAUACCCACAAAGGGCAUCCCUAUUACCCUUCAACUCUUUGGGAGAAGAGGAGCCUCUGCAGUAAAGAAUAGUCUGGGUGAAAGUGAGGACGGUGUCUUAAAGUGACUACCGUAGGUGGAUUUUGUCAAAUGCCAAUUCAAUCAAUUUACUGUGUCAGUUUCUCCAGCACUUGACUUGUGGACCGUUUUUUUUGGUGCUGUUGAGAACAAACCCCACAUGUUCAUACAGUAACCACUGAUAUAUCUCUCUUAGCCUCGGUCGCCAAGGACACUGGGUAGAUGACCGCUCUUGCAAGACCAGAGAAAUGACAACCAUGUCCCAUGACUUUUUACGAUCACUCUUCGUUCAGGACUAGUUGUGCCAUGAGUUACUGGUGCAGUGUCCGCCAUUUUGAAUGGUGAGCUCAGGCGGCCUUUCGGCUACAACGAGUGAAAUCACCACAUGAGGUCGGGGAAUGAAUGGUGAAUGGCGGCAACUGGGCUCUCCGCAAACGUGUACAGUGACCAACAACCCAUUGUAAUCAUUUGUUACUUUGUCUUACAAUUACUUGUAUUUCUGGGGUUUUCUGUCGAUACCAAACAUGCUGCUUAUUCUCCUGUAUGCUGUAAGUGUAACUCUUUGGUAUGGGAUGACAAUGGAGGUACCUGGUCUGGUCGUGGCAGUUCGCACCCAGGCGGCUGGGACUGAAGGCGCAUCCACAUGUUAUUGCCCCCCCCCCCCCCCUUCCCCCCUCCAUCUCUCACUAGACAUUUUAGUCCCAAGCGUAGCGAGAAACUAGUCCUCUUGCAGUUAUGGUACUAAGAGUGGAAGGAAAGUAGUUAAAAGUUGUGAGGAACUGAGUUGACAACCCAGAGAAAGGUUCCAGUUUUUUCCCUUCCACCUAUUGGCCAAAGGCCACUGAAGUUGACUGCGGAAGAGGUGGCCAUGUUGGAUUGGGAUGUCGCGAUGUGAAAGUUAUAGCCACGAUACAAAUGAAUUGCACAUCACCAAACGUGAAACCUAAACGAUAGCAGGGCCGAUUCUACGCUCUAUGUAGUUGUGUCUGAUAAAAACAAGCCCUCAAAAGCCCCCAAUUUCAUUUUUUAUCAGAGGUCAGUGCUUUGGUAUACCCAGGAGUAUACUUUUACAUUGGCUUCUGUGAAGGGUGUUCGAUUGGUAUGUACACUAACAGAGUGAUGAAAGGAACUGUGUGUAGUCUUUCUUAUUUCCAAAAAAGCCUUAUUGUUAUUGUAACAUUAUGGAAACAUUAAUGUUGUAUUAUGAUGACUAUUGUUAUUUUACUUUACAUAGCUGACUUUUAUUUUAGUUUUGGUUUAGUUUUUUAAAAGAGAUAUUGUAUCACCUUUUUUAAUUAGCAGUAAGAAAUAAAUGCUUAUUUGUUCAUAUUAUGUUAAAAUACAUUCUAUUUUUUCACUGUAGAAAUGUUAAGUAUAACAUGUGUUUGUGUGGAUGUGUACAUAUAUACUUAUAUAUCGCACAUUCACACAUACAUAUAUAUUUAAAUACAGAAUAUAAAAAUAUACCCAAACUCUUAGUAUGAAUUUAGUUGUUUUUCUUUUACCCAUAAACGUUCAAUUACUCAUGUAAAAUUAUGAUGGAUUUUUGUAUAUAUAUAUUUUUUUGUAACCAUAACCUUAACCUUGGGAAAUAUUGUUUGUUUCUCUGGGAACAAUAAGGGGAGGUGUCUCGCCGAGCGCCGCUCCUACAACCCUUUUUAAUUCCUACCACUUGGUAGACCUGUGCCGAUAAGGAGAUGGCAUUUUUAAUUGUCGUUGAAAUUAUUAUUAUCAUUAACAGUACUUAUUAGUAUUCGUUUGAGUAUUAUUUUCAUAGAUAGUAGAUUAAAUAGUAUACAAAGCAUUCAAUUAGAGGCAAACUACAUUAUUACACAUUUUUAUGAAUUUGCCAGACUAAAGGUACUGUACUUUUUGACCGUGUACAGACUAUGAUCUCCCUCUUUCUCAGAAGUCCUUUUUUCCCCUCCUUUUUAUUUUGUCUUUCUUUUCAGACACAACAUGAUUAUCCCUUUGUUAGAUAUCAACUAUGAUCCAGAAUAUAAUACCUGUAAAUAAACAAAUAUAUAGAUUAUAUGUAUUUGUAUAAUUUGACCCUCAAUGCUCUCUUACUUCAAAUCAAAGACUGAACUGCAAAUAUAAGGUUCUACUCAUUGCAAAGUUCCUGGUGUUUGUAAAGCGUGCUUUCUCCCUUUGUAACAUUUGUGUUCCACUGUUCCCUGUUCUUAAGUCCCCACUUUCUUUGUCAUAUAUGCCAUGUUAGCAAUAUCCCCUACUAGCCACCCACAGCUAACUCUGUUAUGAGACAGGUCAGUGAGGACCCAUAACUUUUGCCUCAGCACAGGCUUCUUGCAAAGUGAACACUGCUUCCUUCUCCAGACAUUGGAAAUGAUGGCAACCAAAGGAUAAUUCCUUUCCUAAACAAAAGCUCCCCGAAAGGAGAAGUGCUAGUUCCCAACUGCCUAAAAGGCCAAGAAGUAGACAGUCCAUUGGAGAAAGAGGAGAUAGUUUUGCUGUUUAGCAACUGUCCAUAGUGCGAUGUCACAGCCAUUAGGGGCAGAGAACUACACUACCACUGCCCCUGAUUCAUGAAACGAUGUAAUAUGUUUUGCUCACAUAAGACUUGUAUAGAACCAUACUGUGUUCCUUUUUUUUUUUUGCCAUGUUUUGUUACGGGAUGCAGAAUGAAUCAGGACUAAGUGAGAAGGAGCCGUGUGAUGCAAAGACCAGGAGAAAAGAACCGUGGGAAUCUAACCAUUUCAUAUGAACUAAAUCUUGAAAGGAGGACUUUUUGUGACUGAAUUCAAAGACUGGUUUUGGUUAUGCCAAAAACCAAGACAGUGGACGUCUUUGGAAGCUUGUGUAACGUGUUACUCUUUGACUUCAUGUAAAGAUGCCAGACUUUUGACAACAGCAGCCAAAUUACUGGAAUAUUCCACAGAGAGGGGAAAUGAACGAAAUAGAAAAAUGACUACAAAAUAAUAGAACAUAUACAUACAACAGCCAACAAAAAGAUGAAGAACCCAAACUCAAGCAAAAUAGUUUUUCUUUUUAUGAGGGCCAAGUGCUAUCGCUUUCAAACUGUUACUUCUGACUGAAACAAUGAUUGGUUUAAAACCCACUGUGUAUGUAGAUAUGUUGACUUAUGUUGAUAUGUUGACUUUGUAUUAAAGAAAUGUUGUCUGAAAGUGUA